UUGCUGAACCACCGGGGACGCCUGGCACCGGUGCUGCCCCGGCUCGGCGGGGCUGACGUCACCGCCGGGCACGAGGGGCCGAACGCGCUGGCUGCCGAGCCCGUGACCCGGUUUCCCUCCCCACGCAGCGAGGGCUUCACUCACAAAUUCAAAGCCCUAAUCCGGCGCCGAUCCCGCGCCGGGCUGCUGGCAGAGCCCGCCCUGGCGGGUCGUCCAAACGUCCUCUCCUCCUCCUCAAGUGGAAAUGUCUCCGCGAGGUCCGCCAACGCCCACCCCUUCGAGAGCAUAUAACGUUGGGAUUUAAAGUGCCAAGCAAGGGAAAGGAAACCUCCCACCUCAAGUGCCAUUCUUGAGAGUAAUGGAAGAAUUGUCAAAUCAUGCCCAGGAAAAUGUAACCGGGGAUCUCGGGAGCGGAGACGAACAGGUCAAAGAAGAGUCAUCGUCCUUUAAGUGCCAAGAAGAGGCCUUCCACCCUCUGGUGCAAGAAGACUUUGAACAAGAAUUGGAAGCUAAAGCUACCAAAGAAGUCGAAAGAAAACUAAGCAGGGCUUUCCUGCCUCAUUUAUGUGGAACUGAGAGAAGGGAUUUAGUGCAAGAAGAGGAAGAACAGUUGAUGGAAGAAAGGAAAAAGAGAAAAGAAGAGAAGAAGAAGAAGGAAGCUGCUCAAAAAAAGGCCAUUGAACAAAAAAUCAAAGUGCCAGAACAAACAAAGACAAGUGUAAGCCAGCCUCAGCCUGUCACCUCUAACGGCACUUCCACAGUAACCAGCACUAAUAAUAAUGCCAAGCGGGCCACAGCCAACAGUCAGCAGCAGCAGACCUUGCCUCGAUACCCUCCUCGUGAAGUACCACCGCGAUUUCGACACCAGGAACAGAAACAGCUUCUGAAACGAGGUCAGCAGUUACCAGUUAUAGCUGCAAACCUGGGAUCUACUCCUAAAGUAUUAAACGGCCAGUCAGGAGGCAGCACUGUCACAAAUAAACAGCCAGUGACCAACGGAGAAGUGCCGAACAGCAGCAAAAAACAGCCAGGCAUGCCUCCCAUUCGGGACUUGGUGAGCCACUCCCCUAACCAGUCAGAUCUGAACCACAGUGGUCUAGGAUCUCAUUAUGAAAAUUCUCACUGGGGACCAGUCUCUUCAAAUAGUGACUCCAGCACAAACUGGGAUAAAGUUAUUGUAGACGGCUCUGACAAAGAAGCAUGGCCAUCAAUCACUGGCAGUGACCCAGAGUUGACAUCAGAAUGUAUGGACACUGACUCUGCCUCUAGCUCUGGGUCAGAGAGAAACCUCGUUAUAAUGGCUUCAGGGAGCACAGGUGGUGAAAAUGAUGGCAUUCGAAAUGGCAUUGGACAUGGUUCUCAAAAUAAGUUUGUGGUUGGUAGCAACAGCAAUAAUGUGGGCAAUGGAAGUAUUAAUGGGCCGUGGGGUUUAUCCCAUGGAACCAUAAUAAGCACAUGUCAAGUUUCUGUGGAUGCUCCUGACAGCAAAUCUGAAAGUAGCAACAAUAGAAUGAAUGCUUGGGGCACCAUAAACUCUUCAUCAAAUGGAGGGUUAAAUCCAAGCACUUUGAAUUCAAAUGGCAACCAUGGUGCCUGGCCUGUAUUGGAGAACAAUGGACAUGCCCUGAAAGGGUCUGUAGGGAGUGGUAAUCCUGGCACAAAUAUUCAGUGCAGUACCAUAGGUCAGAUAUCUAAUAGUCAGAGUAUUAACUCUAAAGUGGGUGGUUCAGCCCAUGGUUCCUGGGGAAGCCUUCAGGAAAAUUGUGAUUCUGAAGUAAAUGGUACAAGGAAGGUUUCAUUCAGUGGGCAACCUCAAAACCUUAACACUGAAAUGAAUGGACCAAAUAACACUACUAACUUUAUGACCUCUAGUUUACCAAACUCUGCUGGUUCAGUGCAGAUUAACGAACUGCCUAAUAAUACAGGGCAUGGGGCCUGGCGUGUGAGCACAAUGAAUCAUUCUCAGAUUCAGGCCUCUCCAGUUACAAAUGGCACUUCCAUUUCUCAUCUGAGCAAUGGUGAGGCGAAAAAUGGUGGAUCUUAUGGUACUACAUGGGGUGCCUAUGGUUCUAAUUACUCUGGAGACAAAUGUUCAGGCCCAAACAGCCAAGCUAAUGGUGACACUGUGAAUGCAACUCUAAUGCAGCCAGGCAUUAGCGGGCCUGGCAGCACUAACUUUCAAAUCAAUGGGAAUAAAGGCGGAGGGGUAUGGGAGGCAGGGACAGUCAACUCCCAGAAUAUGCCGUGGGGAAGUGGAAAUGGUGCAAGUGCUGGCGGGAGUAGAAGAGGAUGGGGCAACCCUGCACAAAACACUGGCACUAACAUUUCAAAUGGGGAGUGGAGUAAACUGCCUAGUAAUCAGCAUUCCAAUGAAAGUGUGAAUGGAAACAGCAGGAAGUUUACAAAUGGAUGGAAACCUACUGAGGAGGAUGACCUUAACAGCCAGAGUUCUGCUGCUUCUCAGAUAACUGAGCAGAACAGCGCAUGGGCCAAAACAGGUACGGGGGACAGCGAAGGUAGUUCGGAGAGCACUGGAUGCCAUGAAGAUAGAGUAACUACAGAAGGACAGAAUCGAGAGAGAAGGAAAGUUGACCAGCAUGCAUUACUCCAAAGUAUAGUGAACAGAACUGACUUAGAUCCGCGUGUCCUUUCCAACUCUGGUUGGGGACAGACUCCAAUCAAACAGAACACUGCCUGGGAUACCGAAACAUCACCAAGGGGUGAAAGAAAAACUGACAAUGGGACAGAGGCCUGGGGAGGCUCUGUGACACAGACUUCCAGCUCAGGGGGAUGUGUGGAUAGACCGAGCCCUAAUAAUAAUGAUACCUCAUCUGUAUCAGGGUGGGGAGAUCCAAAGUCUGCUACAAGGUGGGGAGACUCCAAAGGGUCAAACAGCCAAGGGGGGUGGGAAGAAGAUUCUGCUGCUACAGUAGUGGUCAAGAGCAAUCAAUCAUGGGGAAGUGGCAAAGAGGAAAAGUCAUCUUGGAAUGAUGCACAGAAGAUCAAACAGGGAUGGGUAGAUGGACAAAAAGCCAGCCAGGGUUGGGCAGUUUCUGCUGGUGAUAGCUGGGGUGAAAAUUCAAGAAGUAACCAUUGGGGUGAGGCUAAGAAAUCCAGUUCAGGAGGUAGCGACAGUGACAGAUCAGUGUCUGGUUGGAAUGAGCCAGGUAAAUCAAAUUCUGUUACUUGGGGAGGUAAUAAUACAAACCCAAAUAAUUCUUCAGGAUGGGAUGAGCCUGCAAAGUCUAAUCAGAACCAGGGCUGGGGAGACCCUCCUAAAUCCAAUCAGCCUCAAGUUUGGGGGGAUUCAUCAAAGCCAAUCAACUCUCCAGAAUGGAACAAACAAGAUGUUGGCUCUUGGGGAGCACCAUCUGCCACAAACAAACCCCCAGGGUCAGGCUGGCUGGGUGGACCAAUGCCGGCACCAGCAAAGGAGGAAGAACCCACUGGCUGGGAGGAGCCAUCCCCUGAAUCAAUACGCCGUAAAAUGGAAAUUGAUGAUGGAACUUCUGCUUGGGGUGAUCCAAGCAAAUACAACUACAAAAAUGUGAAUAUGUGGAAUAAAAAUGUCCCAAACAGUAGCAGCAGUUCCGACCAGCAAGCACAGGUACAUCAGCAGCUACUGUCUUCAAGUGCCAUGUCUAGCAAGGAGAGCAGUUCGGGUUCUGGUUGGGGAGAGCCUUCUACUCCAGCCACUACUGUAGAUAAUGGAACUUCAGCGUGGGGUAAACCCAUGGAUACUGGUACUAGCUGGGGAGAACCCAUCAGCGAUGCAGCAGGCACCUCUGGCUGGGGAAACGCUUCUCUUGGUCAACAGGCUUCAAAUAAACCUGGGCCUAAAUCUAUGCAAGAUAGUUGGUGUGGAGAUGAUAUGCCGUUGGCAGGCAGUCGUCAGACCAGCUGGGAGGAAGAGGAGGAUGUAGAGAUUGGAAUGUGGAACAGCAGUUCUUCACAAGAAGCUAACCCAUCUUUAAAUUGGCCACCAUAUAUGAAAAAAAUGCCCACAAAGGGAAUAAUGAAAGGUGGAAAUAAGCAAGAUGAAACAUGGAUCAAUCCAUUCAUUAAGCAAUUCACAAAUCUCAGUUUUUCAAGAGAAUCACCAGAAGAAACCAUACAGAGCAAUAAGAUGGACAUGUCUGGAGGGUUAUUGCAAGAUAAGCGGAUGGAGAUGGAUAAGCAUGGCCUCAAUGUUGGAGAUUACAAUCGUGUGGUUGGAAAAGGCCCUGGUUCUCGUCCUCAAAUUUCCAAAGAGUCUUCCAUGGAUCGCGGUCCUUACUUUGAUAAGGAUGGCAUUGUAGCAGACGAGUCCCAAAACAUGCAGUUUAUGUCCAAUCAAAACAUGAAGCUUCCCCCUUCAAAUAAUGCACUACCUAACCAAGCCCUUGGCUCCCUAGCAGGGCUGGGUAUGCAAAACUUGAAUUCUGUUAGACAGAAUGGCAAUCCCAGUAUGUUUGGUGUUGGUAAUAUAGCAGCACAGCCCAGGAGCAUGCAGCAGCCUCCAGCACAACCUCUUAAUUCAUCUCAGCCUAAUCCACGUGCUCAAGUGCCUCCUCCAUUACUAUCCCCUCAGGUUCCAGUAUCAUUACUGAAGUAUGCACCAAACAACGGUGGCCUGAGCCCACUUUUUGGCCCACAACAGGUAGCCAUGUUGAAUCAACUGUCCCAGUUAAACCAGCUUUCUCAGAUCUCCCAGUUACAGCGGUUGUUGGCUCAGCAGCAAAAAGCGCAGAAUCAAAGAAGCAUGCCUUCUGGUGGUCGUCAACAGCAGGAGCAGCAGGGUCGAUCUCUUAGUAUGCAGCAACAGAUGAUGCAACAGUCCCGUCAGCUUGAUCCAAACCUGUUAAUGAAGCAGCAAACACCACCCUCUCAACAGCAGUCACUCCAUCAACCCACCAUGAAAUCUUUCCUUGAGAAUGUCAUACCCCAUGCUACUCCUGAGCUACAAAAAGGGCCAUCACCAAUAAAUGCAUUCAGCAGCUUCCCUAUAGGAAUGAACUCAA